AAUCGCAUUCCCUCCCACCUUUCCUUCUUCCUUCCACACGGCGAUCUACAGUUCUACACCUCAUCUCUCUACUUGUCCAUCUCCGGCUCAGGCUUCCAAUGUCUGGCUCUGGCGAGCAGCCACCGCCCGUGCUGCUGCUCCACGGCGACCUGGACCUCACGAUCCACGAGGCACGCGACCUCCCCAACAUGGACGUCCUCUCCACCCUCCUCCGCUGCCUCUGCCUCCACCUGGGGGUCACUACAAGCCGCCCCCGUUCCAGCCGCUCGGUGUCCGGUGAUGAUGAUGACAGCACUCACCACCGUCACCGUCACAGUCGCCAGCCGCACGGCCACCGCAUCCUCCCGACCUCCGACCCCUACGCCACCGUCGUGGUGCCCGGGCCCCCCGACACGACGCUCGCUCGCACGCACGUCGUCCGCAACUCCGAAUCGCCGGACUGGUCGGCCCGCGUCCUCCUCCCGCUCGCCCACGCUGCCUCCCACCUCGCCUUCCAGGUCAAGGACGCCGACCCAUUCGGCUCCGACCUCAUCGGCACCGCCUCCCUCCCCUCCGAAAAAAUCCUCGAGGCCGCGGACAAGCCCAUCGACUCCGAAUGGCUCACGCUCCUCCGCCCCGACGGGCGCGGCCCGCCGAAGCCCAACUCCGCCAUCCGCAUCUCCGCCACGUUCAUCCCGGCGGCCAGGACCGUAGGCUGGCGCUCCGGCGGCGUCCCGGCGUACUUCCCUCCGCGGCGCGGGUGCGAGGUGAAGCUGUACCAGGACGCGCACGUGGCGGCCGGCGAGGUGGAGGGCGUCCCCGGGGUGUUUGAGCCCGGGCGGUGCUGGGAGGACGUGUGCAUGGCGGUGCUGGGCGCGCAGCACCUGGUGUACGUGGUGGGGUGGUCGGUGUACACGCAGGUGAGGCUGCUGCGGGAGGCGAUGUCUCCGGAGAUGGCGAAGAAGGCGGCGGAGGUGAAGGCGCUGAGCGGCGUGGCUGUGGAGGACAUGAACCUGGGCGAGCUGCUCAAGUACAAGUCCCAGGAGGGUGUCCGGGUCUGCCUCCUCGUCUGGGACGACAAGACGUCACACGACAACUUCUUCCUCAGGACGAGAGGCGUGAUGCAAACUCACGACGAGGACACGAAGAGAUUCUUCAAGCACUCGUCGGUGAUCUGCGCGCUGUCGCCGCGCUACCCCAGUAGCAAGCUCAGCAUAGCCAAGCAGAAGGCAAGCAAGCCAUUUCUAAUUCGUUCAAUUCCUAGCUACAGUAGCUGCAAUCGAUCGAUCGAUCGAGAUAUAUAUAUGCUGAGUGGGACGUCUCCAGCUGCGCCCCUGCAGGUGGUCGGGACGCUGUACACGCACCACCAAAAGUGCCUGCUCGUCGACACGCCGGCGUCCGAAACCACCCGCCGGAUCACGGCCUUCCUCGGGGGCCUCGACCUCUGCGCCGGCCGCUACGACACCCCCACGCACAGGCUCUUCCGCGAUCUCCACACCGUCUUCCACGGCGACGUCUACAACCCCACGUUCGGUGUGGACGAGAGGGGGCCCCGGCAGCCGUGGCACGACAUGCACUGCCGGCUGGACGGGCCGGCGGCGUACGACGUGCUGCGGAACUUCGAGCAGCGGUGGAGGAAGGCGACGAAGCUGCGCGAGGUGUUCGGCAAGGUGUCGCACUGGAAGGACGACGCCUUGCUCAAGCUGGAGCGCAUCUCUUGGAUCCUCAGCCCCUCCAAGGCAGGCGCAGGCGACCGUGGCCUGCAUAUGUUGCCGGAGGACGAUCCCGAGUGCUGGCACGCUCAGGUGUUCCGGUCGGUGGACUCUGGAUCGGUGAAGGGAUUUCCACGUCCAUGGGAGACGCAAGAGAUGAAUCACCUGUUGUGCGACAAGAACCUGGCGGUGGAGCAGAGCAUCCACGCAGCGUACAUCACCGCCAUCCGGUCCGCGGAGCGGUUCAUCUACAUCGAGAACCAGUACUUCAUCGGCUCCUCCUACGCGUGGCCGUCCUACAGGCAUCCGGGCGCCGGCAACCUGGUGCCCAUGGAGAUCGCGCUCAAGGUGGCCAGCAAGAUCAAGGCCGGGGAGCCGUUCGCCGCGUACGUCGUCAUCCCCAUGUGGCCCGAGGGGAACCCGACCUCCGGCCCGGCCCAGGAGAUCCUCUUCUGGCAGAGGCAGACGAUGGAGAUGAUGUACAAGGUGAUCGCGCGAGAGAUGGAGACCCAGGGGCUCAAGGACGCGCACCCGCAGGACUACCUCAUCUUCUGCUGCCUCGGCAACCGGGAGGACGACGAGGUGGCCGACGAUGACCACUGCGCAUGGCCGCCUGAUCACCCCGGCAGCACGAGCCCCAAGGCGCUGGCGCGGAGGCACCGGCGGUUCAUCAUCUACGUGCACUCCAAGGGCAUGAUCGUCGACGACGAGUACGUCAUCGUCGGCUCCGCCAACAUCAACCAGCGCUCGCUCGCCGGGUCGCGCGACACCGAGAUCGCCGUCGGCGCCUACCAGCCGCACCACACCACCACCCACUCCCGCGGCAAGGUGUACGGGUACAGGAUGUCGCUGUGGGAGGAGCACCUGGGCAAGGAGGUCGUCCGGCAGCAGCCGGAGCUGGAGCGGCCGGAGUCGCGGGACUGCGUCAGGCUGGUGAACAAGAUCGCGUGGGCAAACUGGAUCAGGUACACGGCCAGCGAGGGGCGGCCGGGCGCGCUGAAGGGCCACCUGAUCAGGUACCCGGUGCACGUCGGCACCGACGGCAGGGUCGCGGCGUUGCAGGGGCACGAGACGUUCCCGGACGUCGGCGGGAGGGUCCUCGGCUCCACCAACAACCUGCCGGAUUACCUGACAAUGUAGGUGGCCAUGCAUGUGCAGACCACAGAGUGUUGACGACACAACAUUUUGGCUGCUCCUGUAGCGCAGCACAGAUGAACAAUGAUGUAUUUGUUGGACCUGUUGCAUCUUGCAACUCAUAUCAGUCUUCGAAUCAGUAGUUAAUACAUAUAUUUCUAACUGAUUGACUUAUAUUUACUUGAUUAUAUUACAA